AUGGCGCUUGCCCUCCGGUUCGCUGAGGAAGGCGAGUUCAGCUCUCGUGCAUGCGACAUUUCUCCCUUUGACGCUUCCGAUGUCGCUCCAAGCAAAGCUUUCUUCCGUUGGAGUCGCCCCGUGCGUCAUCUUCUGGGCCAUCAAGCUGACAACCCUGUCAGGAUCAAGACUCUCAUUGUUGCUCUGCCCGGAGCAGCCCAUCAAUUCGUGCAGCAGUUGACGGCCACAUGGACUUCAGUUGGAACUCUGGUGACCAGCGAUCAACCCAUUCCGCCUUGCAAAUUGCAGAGUAGCACGAGCUCUCCCGGUGUGAUCCUGUCAAAGACGGGAGAUAAGGUCUCCGAGGAGAACAACACGUUGGCGCUUCUAGUAGGACAAGAUGUUCCUGUGGCUGCGACGUGGGUCUGGUUAAAAACUCUGUUGGCGCACGUGGAUGCAGAGGAAAUUGUGUGUCUGGACUCGCAGCUGUCCACGAUCUACGCUGCAGACGAAGAGGCUGGAGCCAAAUUGAGGACGUUGGCAUCAUCUACUGUGACGGACGAGAUGAAGAUGACGACGCCUGUGCGACCUCUUGAAGUGCCGCAGUUUGUCACCGGUAUACCGGCGGCACUGCUGACCCACGGCGAGCUCCGCAAGCGCCACGUCCGCUUGUUCGUGAGUGUCCGUGACGUGUCGACGACUCCAAUUGACAUAAUGCGUAGCUUUCUGCCGUUAGCUGCGUCGUCUUCGUCGGCGCUCGCCGCCCUGGAGCCUCCAAUGUUCUUCAAACCCAGCAGCAGAGCAGCUGAAACCGGCUCCCUCAACGUGCUCUACACGUAA